GUGCGAAGCACUUAUAAAAUACCUGCAUUUGCCGUUUUAUAUUGUUGUUUGUGCUUUCAGACAGUAAAAAUGUUUUGCAAACUGAAAAUCGUUGCGCUUAUUUUCUUUGUAAAUUUUCAGCUCAUUGAAAAUGCUCCUUUAAUGAAUGGAGUUUGUUCAAAGUUCAAUUGUACAACUGGGACAGCCGCAUGUUCCAUUUUAACUUCUACAACGUCUGAUAGGAAGAACAUAAACCAAACUAUAAUUUGUUAUGAAGCAAAUGGUGAAAUAUUAUCUAAUAAGACAACUACAGAACCAAACACAAAUCCUAAUUUAAUAAUUAAUUCUUUUAAUUUCUACGGUUCCUUCGAGUUACGUUCGGAUGGUAAUUCGACGGAUUUAAAAGAAUCAGUUUUUCCAACACUGGGAAAUGUACUUAAAAUAGUUUCAUUGCCGUUUCUUAAUGUUUAG